AUGGUCGUUCAACGUACACCACCGCCGGUGCGGAGGUCGCCGCGCAAGGGAAGCUCCCAACCACCAGAAGCGCCAUUAUCCUCACAAUCAUCACAAAGGAUCGGCAAGAUCGUCUCAUCGACACCAUCGACAUUGUCGCGCGCCGUUCCAUCCACACCCGUCCCGCACAACGGUGCCUCCGAUUUCCCCAGUCUCGAUCAGAUGGCUGCUGUAUCGAAAGAACAGCGCUCCGUGACGCGUCCAACCACCAACCGCGCUGCUUUCGCCGCCUCGUUCCCUGCUACCGCCUCCAACCACGUCCCAAGCUCACUGCCACGACCAACAGCUCAGGUGCGCAGCAUCCAGACCGAGCAGGAGAGCGAUGAGAAUCAGCGCUCCCGUGCGGCACGUAGCUCGCUCACCAACGGUGCCAUUCAACGCGUACGUCAGCUGGCAGGCGACGAGACGCCGCUCGGCGUGUCUCAAGCCAGGGCUGCGCGUCAAGCUCACGCUGCAAGCUCUUCCAAAGCAGAUGCUUCGCUGCUCGCCGACGACAGUGGCGAUAGCACAGCACAGCUCGUUCCCGGUCGUCGUGACGCAGCUCUGAACCCACUUCUCGCCAAUAUUGACGUCGAGAAUCCCCAGAUGCCCAGUCUCGCUCCUCCCGCCGCGUCGGCUGCACCGAGCGCUGCCAAUGCUGCACCACAAGCUGCAGACGACGCUGCCGCAGCAGAUUCGUCGACCGCGUCGCAGGCCUCCAUCUUUGGCACCGCCAAUCGCCGCAACGGACGCGACCAGCCUAUCGGUGCCGGUGCAGCAGCUGCAGGCGUCGCGUACGACUUUAGCAAAUACCUCGACGGUGAGCUCGAUCCUUUCAACCGUGCUUCUCGUGCCAAUCCGCGUCGAGAGUCUCGUCCCUUGUCGGCCCAACCGCCAGGCGACGACGGUGAGGGUGCCGCUGGCGCAGACACGUCUGGAGACACGACCGCUCGUGGAGGAUUGACAGCUCCUUCUGCGACCGUGCCAGCGACAGCGCCCAUCGAGUCCACUCCCCUCUUCAGCCGAGUUAAAGCGGCAGCAGCAGCCGCUACACCACGCAUGAGUCCCCACGCCAGUCCCAGCGUUUCUAGCCGCAAGCUCGCGCAUCUCUCUUCGCUUGCUAACGGCCACUCCACACCUACAGCCGCCACCACUGCAUCGUCCGUUACCGCCGCCGACGCCUCCACCGCCGCCUACAGCCGCUUCGAUCCAUCUGCACGCACAGAUCGUAUCCAGACCAUGGAACUCGGCGAGCUCCGCAAGAAAGCCACCGCCCUCUCGCGCGACCUCGCAGCCACUCAAGAAGCCCUCUCUGCCGCCAAAGAGGAGUCCGAGGGCUGGGCUUCCGAAUGCACGGGCUUGCAGGAGCAGAUCGCCACGCUCAAAGCCGCCAGCCAGCGCGAAUCGCGUGCACGCACCGAGCUCUCGGUGCGUCUCAGCCAGUACAAGAUCGAAGCCGACGAUCGCGCGUGGAAGCUGCUCUCGCAGCGUCGACAGGCUUGUCUCAUCGACGUCGCCCUUCAGCAUGCCAAGAACGAAGCUACGUAUCACGAGGGCAGAUAUCACGCUACCGAGUCAGAGCUCGAGGGUGAGAAGGAUGAACUGCGAAUCCGACUCAUGCUCGAAAAGAAGCGCGCUGAUCUGCUCGCCAUGCACGUCAAGGUGGCUCUUCGCGAUGGCGCAAGGUUGAAGAAACGCCUCGGCGCCAAGUCUGCUGCCGUGCUCGAGCUGCAGGCCGAGAACCAGAGCUUAGCGGAGCAGCUGGAAGAUGCGCAGCACACGCGCGGAUCGACAAAGCACGCGAGGGACGAUGGCGAAAUGGCAGCACUCAGACAGCAGCUGGAAGAGGCACAGGCCGAGAUCGAGACGCUCAACGAACGCGAUGCCAUGAUGGCAGAGACGCGCAAGACGUGGAAGGCGGAACGAAAGGAGCUCCUGGCCCAAGUCGAGCAGCUUUCCUCUUCCUCCUCAGCACCAGCUCCCGUCGCAAAGACGGUCGAAGCGAUGCGACCGCUCAAGACGAUCAAAUCGGUCGUUUCUGCGUCUCAGAUGCUGCCGCCUUCCUCGCCGGUAUAUGCAAAGAAGAAGAGGCCCAUGCAGGGUGCAUCGGAGCUCGAGCCUCCCUCCGAGGACGAAGAGGCUGAUCGACGUGCGGUGAUGGCCGCGACUGCGGUUGCGCGAAAACCUAUUGCGAGCAAGACGAAUGCACCUCUGGUGCCGUUUGCGCAGCUUUCGACUAAAGCUGCUGCUGCUACUAAGAAGAUCGUCAAGCCUGCCGCCAAACCCGCCGUCGCCGCGGCAGCACCGACCAAGAAAUCGAGCAAGAACUGGCGCGACGAAGUCGCCAUCACCGAUUCCGACGAGUCCGACUCUGAUUCCGACUCUGCAACCAAACGUCCGAGCAAGUCUUCGAAAUCGAAGUCCACCGCAGCCAAGAAAUCGAGCUUGAAGUCCGCCGUGUCCUCGUCGACUGCGGGACGCAAGACCAAACCGUCCAUGCCGAUCGAAUACGACGAUCAGACCGCCGAUCCCUCCGCCACGCCCAUCAUUCGAUCGCACAAACGCAUCGCUCAACAGGACAGCGAUGACGAUGACGAUGCUGGGCCAUUGGAUUCGAGUGUUCUCGCUAAAUUCGGACGCGACCGUACCAACCUCGCGACGUCGUCAUUGGCGACGAAGAAGCUGGCCGGUUUGAAGGCGAGUGCUGUGGGGAAGACGGCGGAUGCGGGGGUGGGCAAGAAGAAGAAGCGCAAGUUGUUGGGCGGCGGGAAUGCGGCUAUGCAGUGGAGCGAUGCGGGUGGGUUGGCGCCCAACUUUGAUAUCCCACUGGAGCUUUCGCCGAUCAAAGGUGGGGCCAAGGCGGCUGGUGGUGGGACAGGGGCAGCGGCAUUUAUGGCUGGGUUCGGGAUGCCGGCCAGAAACCCAUUUGCGUAA